AUGGAACAGGAGGGGGAUAAGAAUAAAGAUGAUAGCACCGGUCACAUUUUACCUGAGGCAACACAGUAUAGCGUCGUCUCUCUUGAAAGCAUCGAACAUCACUAUGUGGAGGUCUUGAGGGAGCUCUCUAUGGAACCACAGCUUGAGGCGUUUAAGGAUGAGUACGAAAAGAUCCAUCGUCUACUGCGCAAGAGCAACGAGGGCGAGAAGCGAUUGUUGGAAAAGAUCAAGGAAUUGCAAGUGGAUCUUGAAGUUCAUGGUACCAAGGUGGAGGCCGCGUUAAAACUGUCGCAAGAGGAUGAAGAAGUCAUUGUGACGUUGCGCAAGGAAAUUGAGAAGGCAUGGGCUCUUACCGAUAGUGCUCACACCCGUGAGAAGGAGGGCCGUGAACACAUCCAACAACUACGCAAACAGGUGGCAGAGCUGGAUGCGCUGGUUGAAAAGGUCACGCGCAACACUUCGGGCCAAGCGACAUACCUGCAUGAGCUCAUCGUCUCCAAGAAACAACUUGAAGGCGAGCGUGCCGUUGCACAUUCAAAGGUGUCUGAGCUUCUGGACGAACGGGAAACGAUGCGAAAGAACUUUGAAAGGGCACAGAAUGAGAAUAACAGUGUGCGAGAAAAGCUUGAGACCAGUCUAUCCAACUACCAAACACUCCUUGAGGGCCUUUCCGAAAUUCGACGGGGGCGUGAAAGCCUUGAGCAGCAGGUGCGAGAGUGCCGCUCCACCUCAGACCAGCAGAUGAUAAAGUUGGAGGAUCUAAAGAGCGCCGCAGAGGCGCUCUCCGCCGAGGAGAGUCGUCUGAAGGUUCUUGCUGCAGGGGAGCGCGACGCCGUGGCGCGAGUAGCAAAGCAGCUGGAAGAGCAGCAGCGUCGAUUUAAGACGGAAGCGGAUCGACUUGCCCUCGUGGAGGCGCAGAAUGCGGAGGUGAAGUCGGAGAUCCCCAGGCUGAAGGUGACCUUGAAGGAGCGGCAUGCGGAGGUCACGCGUCUCGCCACAACCCUACGGAAGGUGCGCAAAAGUGCUGAACACCAGCAGGUGAAUAUGCGUAAGCUGCUGCAGACACGAGAGGAGCUUGUUCAAAAGACGGGUAAGCUUCAUGACACGAUCGAGGAGCGACUGACUGUGCUGGAGAUGGAGGAGAGGGAGUUGCACACGGAGGAGGCGCGUCUCAAAAAGAUGUUUCCUGAGAAGACGGAGUUGAUUACGAACAACUCUCGCACCGAGAAUGAACGGCUGGCGAUGGAAGGAAACAGGGUGGGAGAGGAAGGAAAACGGCACAACUUGGCGCAACAACUGGACCAGCUAUUGCGCGAAAAUGAGCUGCUGCGCAAGAGCAUCUUUGAGCUGGAGCAAAGUCAAGAAAAAAUUAUUGAGCAUGGUCAGCAGAUGGCGCUGCAGUACCACCAAACACUGGAGCAGACAAGGAAAUUUCGCGAUAAGGCUCGUGUAUUGCAGCAGCAACUCGCGGAUAAUGAGAAGCGGGGUAAAGUUCAGCAGGAUUUGCUAGACCGCGUCUCGGCAGACCGGGCACGAACGGAAAAGCAACUUAAAGAGGGCGAGGUGGAGUGGGCUACGCUUAGGGAGCGGCACGUCACGAAUGACGAGGAGAUCCAGCUGCUUAAGAUGCAGCUCAUUGCAAAGGAAGGAACGCUGUGUCGUCUCCAUAUGGUUCGUCAGCAGCUGCAACGGGACAUCUCCAACGCUGAACAACGGGCAAGUCACUUAAAGGACGAUGGACUUAAUGCCCACGCACGCCGUGAGAUGCUGGAGGCUGAGGCGCAAAAACUCACACAUCUCAUUGCGGAGUGUGACGCGGAGAAAAGCAAGCAUCAGUCCAAAUUUGCGGAUCUUGUCAAUGAGCGCAACGUCCUUGCCACACAGUUGAUCCACCGCAAUGAGGAACUUCGGCUUCUUUACAACAAGAUUCGCCUUCAAGAAUGCAGUCUUGAAAAGGGUGCUAGUGAAUACAAUCGCCAAGUCCGGAAUGUCGAAUCCACCCGAGAUGAACUCACGGAGCUACGCUUACGUUGUCGUCUCGAGCUCGUGCGUCUUCACUACUCUGAAAAGCUCCAGCGUCGGAAACAGAAUGUAGAACGAGAAUUGUUUACUGAGCAGCAACGCUAUCGGGCCCUUGUGGAUGAACUCCAACGCCCUGUUCAUGUGCAUCGUUGGCGGCGACUGGAGAGCGAUGCCCCAGAGGUGCUCGAUGGCAUUUACAAGGCUCAAGCUAUUGAGCGCCAAAUUUUGCAGAAACAUGACAUGCUUGCUGAGAAAACAGAGCUGCUGGCUAAACGUACCGCAGAGUAUGACGCCAUUCGGCGCAAGCUUGUUUCUCUGCCAGGCCCGGAGUUAGCUGAAGACUUGAGUCUCUAUAACGAGAAUUUAGAGCGACGUACUGAACAGAUUGGGGGAAUGAACUCGGAGCUUCGGGAGGUGGAGCAGCACGCGGAUGUCCUCACAGAGGAGGUGCGGCAGCUUUCCCUGGAGCUGGGUGAUGUAAAGCGGCGCUACUUUGGCGCAAAACACAAGAAUGAUCUGUUGCGUCGGGAACAGGUUGUGUUUCGCUCAACGUGGGGGGAAUCUUCAGCAGUUGCGAAUGUGGCUCUUGCUGCAGCUUCAGCACGUCAAGAGCAGCAACGGCCUGGCAGAAGUAGUGGGGAAGGUGCCUGCAACGAUAAUAGCAACCAACAGGAAGCGUGGGUACAACGCUCUGCCGGGGCACGACGCCCUUGUCUGUGGUACACGCGGACGCAGAUGCGUAGGGAGCGCAUGCGGCAGGAGGCUCGCCUUGUUCAGGCGCUUUCCACAGGUGCACCUGCCCCCAAUUACCCACUUCAGUUUCGUUCGCACCAAAGGCAGUUUGUUGGUGGUGGUUAUGCACUUACGCAGUGA